CCAUGUAACGCCUGUGGUGACCAGUGCCCCGGGUUCGCCUUGCAUAAAUGGAGGAAGAUCUGCCUACACUGCAAGUGCCCUCAGGAGGAGCACAUGGUGACAGUGAUGCCCCUAGAGAUGGAGAAGACUGUCAGCAAACUCAUGUUUGACUUCCAGAGGAACUCCACAUCAGACGAUGACUCAGGCUGUGCCUUGGAGGAGUACGCCUGGAUCCCACCGGGGCUGAAGCCUGAACAGGUUCACCAGUACUACAGCUGUCUCCCAGAAGAGAAGGUUCCUUACGUCAACAGUCCUGGAGAGAAACUUCGAAUCAAGCAGCUACUACACCAGCUGCCGCCGCAUGACAAUGAGGUUCGAUAUUGCAACUCCCUGGAUGAGGAGGAGAAGAGGGAGCUGAAGCUCUUCAGCAACCAGAGGAAACGUGAAAACUUGGGUCGAGGGAAUGUCAGGCCCUUCCCAGUCACGAUGACAGGAGCUAUUUGUGAACAGUGCGGAGGCCAGAUUAAUGGCGGGGACAUCGCCGUGUUUGCGUCCCGUGCGGGCCACGGCGUUUGCUGGCACCCGCCGUGCUUCAUCUGCACCGUCUGCAACGAACUGCUGGUGGAUCUGAUCUACUUUUACCAAGAUGGGAAGAUAUACUGUGGCCGGCACCACGCCGAGUGCCUGAAGCCGCGCUGCGCAGCCUGUGACGAGAUCAUCUUUGCAGACGAAUGCACAGAAGCUGAGGGACGGCACUGGCACAUGAAACACUUUUGCUGCUUCGAGUGCGAGACGGUGCUUGGCGGCCAGCGCUACAUCAUGAAGGAGGGAAGGCCCUACUGUUGCCGCUGCUUUGAGUCCUUGUAUGCAGAAUAUUGCGACACCUGUGCCCAACACAUAGGGAUCGACCAAGGUCAGAUGACCUACGACGGCCAACACUGGCAUGCCACCGAAACCUGUUUCUGCUGUGCUCACUGCAAGAAAUCCCUUCUGGGGCGGCCAUUCCUCCCAAAGCAGGGCCAGAUAUUCUGCUCACGGGCCUGCAGUGCCGGGGAGGACCCCAAUGGCUCUGACUCAUCCGAUUCGGCUUUCCAGAACGCCAGGGCCAAGGAGUCCCGGCGCAGUGCCAAAAUCGGCAAGAACAAGGGCAAGACGGAGGAGCCCAUGCUAAACCAGCACAGCCAGCUGCAGGUGAGUUCCAACCGGUUGUCGGCCGAUGUGGACCCCCUGUCACUGCAGAUGGACCUGCUCAGCCUGUCCAGCCAGACGCCCAGCCUCAACCGGGACCCCAUUUGGCGGAGCCGGGACGAGCCCUACCAUUAUGGGAACAAGAUGGAGCAGAACCAGUCCCAGAGUCCCCUGCAGCUUCUCAGCCAGUGCAACAUCAGAACUUCCUACAGUCCGGGAGGGCAGGGGGCCGGGGCCCAGCCUGACAUGUGGGCGAAGCACUUCAGCAACCCCAAAAGGAGCUCAUCCCUGGCCAUGAAGGGGCACGGUGGCAGCUUCAUGAAGGAAUGCCGCGAGGACUAUUACCCGGGAAGGCUGAGGUCCCAGGAGAGCUACAGCGAAAUGUCCAGUCAGAGCUUUAGUGAAACCCGAGGCAACAUCCCAGUCGCCAAAUACGAGGAGGAGGAGGAGGAGGAGGAGGAGGAAGGGGGCAUAUCCACUCAGCAGUGUCGGACCCGCCAUCCAAUCAGUUCCCUGAAAUAUACCGAGGACAUGACGCCCACAGAGCAGACCCCUCCAGGCUCCAUGGAAUCACUGGCCCUGUCCAAUGCAACAGGCCUGUCCGCCGAUGGUGGCGCCAAGCGCCAGGAGCACCUCUCCCGGUUUUCCAUGCCCGACCUCAGCAAAGACUCUGGAAUGAAUGUCUCCGAGAAGCUGAGCAACAUGGGCACGCUUAACUCGUCCAUGCAGUUCCGGAGCGCAGAGUCGGUUCGCAGCCUGCUCUCUGCCCAGCAGUACCAGGAGAUGGAGGGAAACCUCCACCAGCUCGGCAACCCCAUUGGGUACAGGGACCUGCAGUCCCACGGCAGGCUGCACCAGAGCUUUGAUUUCGAGGGGGGGAUGGCGGGCAGCAAGCUGCCAGGGCAGGAGGGCAUGAGGAUCCAGCCCAUGAGUGAACGCACGCGGAGGAGAAGUACCUCCCGCGACGACGCUCGCCGCUUCCGACCCCACCGCUCCAGGCGUUCCCGGCGCUCUCGCUCGGACAACGCCCUCCACCUGGCCAGCGAGCGCGAGGCCAUCUCUCGGUUGAAAGAAAGGGCCCCGCUCCGAGCCAGGGAGGACUACGACCAGUUCAUGCGCCAGCGGAGCUUCCAGGAGAGCUUGGGCCAAGGGUCCCGAAGGGACCUGUACGGCCAGUGCCCGAGAACGGUGUCGGACCUGGCUCUGCAGAAUGCCUUUGGGGAGCGGUGGGGACCCUACUUCACCGAGUAUGAUUGGUGUUCCACCUGCUCGUCCUCUUCGGAGUCUGACAAUGAGGGCUAUUUCCUAGGAGAGCCCAUCCCCCAGCCCGCCCGCCUGCGAUACGUCACAAGCGAUGAGCUGUUGCACAAAUACAGCUCCUAUGGCCUCCCCAAGUCUUCCACGUUAGGGGGCCGGGGACAGUUGCACAGCAGGAAAAGACAAAAGAGCAAAAACUGUAUCAUCUCUUAAUACGAUUGGGGUCAGGGAAUGGGGGAAGAUGGGAGCUAAGAAUGUACAUCCAGAAACUUGCACUGUUUUCAGUUUUAAAGCGCUUUCCGGGGGUGGUUGCUGGAGGAGAAGAGGAACAUGGUGCCAGUUGUGGAGGCAAGGUUCUAGACUGACUCAAUAGGUAGUCCCAGUUAUCGGCAUGUUGAGUAUUAUUUGCACAUUUCACUUUGGAAACGCUGUAGACUCUGUGGAGGCCAGGGUUGGCCCCUUCCUUCCCGUCAGUCUGUGUGGAGUCGCCUUUCGCAAGAUGGCAAACUGUUUCCCGCUCGCUUAUAUCCUCUCUGGUUCUCUUACUUUUAGGACCCUUUUUCCAGUAAGUAAUUUGUUUAUUAGCCAGGACCCAAGACUAAGUUAUUUACAUGUCCAUUGUAAAUGCAAUGUAAAUGAGAGUUCUGAUAAAAUAUUUUUGUAUUUUGUAAUAUCAAAGGAAUUUCUAUAUCGUAGGACUCAGUGAAGACUUGCAUGCACAUCCAGCAUUGUCCUUGAGUAGUAUUCAGAGGUGAUCCAGGAUCACCUUUUUUUUUUUUUUUCCUUUUUUCUAUACAAAUUUGUUACAUGUCAGUGAGACCUUUUUCAAAGGAGUUUAUUCAAUUUGACUUUUUGUGGCUGAAAAAAAAAAUGAACUAUUACACCCAAAGUAUUUUAUGCUCCAUUCCAUCUUAAGGAGACAUCCUUAAGUCUGCUCCCACCCUCAGUAGAAUUUCUUCUCUACAAAGUGAUAGUAAUUUUUUUUUAAUUGCAAACGUAACUUUUGCCAAUUAGAGAAACCAACCAGUGUCCGUAAAGUCCCGUGAGCAACGCCAUCCCUGCUGGGAACAUUGAAGUUGCUUGCUAUUGAUCUGUCCCUUGGGGAAAAUGAAAGUGACUGUGAGUGGUACCCGUCGUGUGAUGUCAGCAUGACGUUGUUUUGAAUGUGGCAUUAUUUUCUGGUGCUCAUGUUUCCUGGAUUAUAUUAUCUGCUUUCCUUUACCAAGGCAGACAGAACAGCUGCCUUAGCCUGACAACCGGUUGUCCUCAGUGCAAAUGAACUUAAGCAGUACACAUGUAGGGGCAGAAGGUUCUGUGGGGCUCUGGGAGUGACGGGGUGUUCUAGAUCGUACGUCAUGCGUGGAGAAGGAACAAGGGAAUUCGAAAAGCAGAAAGCAAGUCAAGGGUGGAGACUGAAGGGGAAUAUGAAGGACGGUCAGAGCAAAGAGAGCUUCUGGAAAUGAAGUAGAGUGGAGGUGACCACUACCUUGAAUACCCCUCCCCCCUCCCCAGUGCUUGUGGAAAGAAUCCAGUUUAACACACCCCGUAACCAGAGUGUCUGGGUUACCCAGGAACAGGAGCUGCUCGGGAGAUUUCAGGGUGAUGGCCUUGAAAAACAAAUGCUGUUCAGAGGGGGAUUUUCGUGUUGAACUUUGGGGACUGUUGGUCAGACAGAAAAUGGGCUCAAAAGUGAGUUUGCUUGAAGAAGACAUUUAACGGUUGUGUUGUUUAUAGUAAAAUAAAACUUCCUACCUUGCUUCAGUUCAAAAUGAAGCGCUGGCUUUUUCUUCCAUUCUCCUCCUCCCUUUAAUGGAUUGUGGCAGUUGAAAUAAUCCAUCGGAGGACCCACCUUUAGUGAGAUGUACUGUUGAUGUAGUACACGGUGUAUCUCAGUGCCC